AUGAGCCAAGAAGAAAGCAAGAGAGAUCAUAAUGAUGAUGAUGAUGGUACAUCACAAGCAGAUCAGCUGAAGACUACAGAUGCCAGUUCUCGAGAGGAGAAGAUCGAACAGAUUGAAAAGUACAAACAAGAGUCUACUUUGCUUAUACACAAUAUAAAACAGCUACAGCAAUUAAACAACAGAUUAAAUAACGACCUAGUGUAUAUUCAAGAUUAUGUUAGCAAACUAAUAAAACAAUGA